GUCACUUGCAGCAACUUAAAUGCUGGAAGCAAGUCGACCCUGGGACAUUUAUAUAUAUAUAUUAUAUUACUUUAUUAUAUAUAAUAUAACUUUAUUUUCUUUUUUCUUAUCUAACUCGAACUAAGAACUUAAGGAUCACUCACAUCACUUCUUAUCAUGUGUUUUUCUUUCUUAUAGCUGCCAGUGAAGAAAGAGGAAAUGGACUUGUUUUAUUAGAAAAUGCAGAUAAACCGGAAAAUAGUCUUAACUUAAUUGUAACAAAGAAAAUUAUUUUAUUUUUGGACGUUUUAUAUAUUUUUUAAAGCUUUUCUCUGGUUAUUUAGUCUUCAGUCUAGAUACAAUUGUAAUGCAUUAAAAAUAUAAUAAUAAUAAUAAUAAUAAUAAUAAUAAUAAUAAUAAUAAUAAUAAUAAUAAUAAUAAUAAGGUCAGGGUUUUUUAAAAGUUUUUUAGUCUGUAUUUAUUCAAGACGAACGAGGAAACUGCGGGAUCACAUCAUGUCAUCAUCAUCAUCAUCAUCAUCGUGCAACUCGACUCAUCAGCAACGGGCUAAAGGCAGCACGGGAUCCCCCACCAUCUCAUCAUCAUCAUCGUCAUCUUCAUCUUCAUCAUCAUCAUCAUUAGUCGUUAACUGUGCGAGCCGGUUGCUGCAGCCAGUCCGUGCCACAGUGCCAUACCAGCUGCUGCGCGGGAGCCGCCGCUCCUCUCCCUCAUCCUCUUCCUCCUCUUCCUCUUGUGCGUCAGCCGGGGGCGACGUCGCAGCACCGAGAGCUCCCGGUGCCGCCGCCGCGAGCCCGACGCGAGUAGUGACGCCGCUCGCGCGCGCGCCUGGAAACGGAAGCGGCCACGGUACCGUGGACUGCGCCGCCGGGCUGAACGCGCGCUCCCCGCCGCCUGACCGCAAGGGAUCACCGGAGCGGUGCCCCGAUUCACCUGCUUACCGAGUUGAAAGGUCAAAAGCCCAGCAGGUGUGGAUCAGGCGCACUUCCUCUCAAGGUGCCAUCACAGUACCGUACCUGACCGGCCAGUGGCCCCGUGACGCCUACCUGCUCUAUCCAUCACGCACAAAAGACAAAUCCACACAGACUCCUGGAUGCUGGAGUGAAGACUCAUCAGAGGGAGAGCUGAGGAACACACACCAGCGCUCGGCGUCCUGGGGCUGCGCCGAUCAGCUUAAAGAGAUCGCUAAGCUCCGCCUGCAGCUCCAACGCACUAAGCAGGGAGGAAGUCGUCAUAUUAAGGACUGCAGGGAGCUUCUGUCUCCCCUCCAUUGCUGCAUCUUCACCAACACAUACACUACCAGCAGCAUGUCCAGCCAAGCCACGUCCCCCAUGUCGAAGCCGGCACAGAUAACCCUGCCUAACAUCACAGUACCGAAACCGUCUAUCUCACGAGUGCCCAGCAGCAUGGAGGGCAUCAACCACGAGCUGGAGAAAGUGUUCAUUAAAGAUAAUGGAGAAAAGGAAGAGCUGAAGGCAUUGGAGGUGCCUGAUGGACGCCGUGCCCCCUUUCCUCCUCAACAGCGGAGCAGCAGUACGUGUGGUUUGGACUCUCAGACCCCGGCAGUACUUGGGCGCUCCAGCAGCUGCUCUAGCGCAUCACCGUGUCCAGCAGGAUCACAUGAUGGCAGCCCGUACUCCACCGACGAGCUCCUCGAUGACAGAGACAAAGACAGUGGCAGCAGCUCUCCUCUACCCAAGUUUGCCUCUUCACCUAAACCCAACAACAGCUACAUGUUCAAGCGCGAGCCUCCUGAAGGCUGCGAGAAGAUCAAAGUGUUCGAAGAAAUGACGUCGAGACAAUCCUCUACCACCCCUCUCUUCUCCUGCCCCGACAAAAACAAGGUGAACUUCAACCCCACUGGCUCGGCUUUCUGCCCCGUCAGAAUACCUGGUGCUCUGCUUCAGCACUCGGCGUCCCAAGCUGACGAAGAGCAGGAGGAAGGAGGACAGCCCAGUGCUGUGACCUCUUCGGCCAUGUACGCCCAGCUCCACCCCACUCAGGUCUCCAUCAGCACCAGCACAGACGAUCCUCCAGAAUCAGACGCCACAACUCCAUCCCAACAAGAGGCACCACACACAAACUCAGAGCUGUGCAGUUAGCUCGAUUUGCCCAGAGCUGGUCUCUGUGGCACUUUGUGCCCUUCAUAGGUUGACUAGAUGCACCCACUCUUUCUGGACAAAACUCCACUGUCUGCAUGUCAUAGUGAUACACAAGGGUCCGAACACAAGAAUAAUGCCCCACUCCACUUCGAUCUGUCGUCACAUCUGCCCCAUUCUCUUACGCACUUUUAUUGACAGGGAGAGGAAAAAGCUACAAGGCUUUAGUGUACAAGUAUGCUGGCUGUUUUUGGAAUAGCACCACAGAAGCUGGUAAUAUAUAUAUAUAUAUAUAUAUAUAUAUAUAUAUAUAUAUAUAUAUAUAUAUAUAUAUAUAUAUAUAUAUAUAUAAUUGAAUAAUGUUAAAAUAAAGAGUGUGAGGGGUUUAUUGACCACAAUAUAUGCAAAUGUAGGUUCAAUGUUAACCUUAAACGAAAGAAAAAAAGAAAAGAGAGAGCGGCCAUUAUGUUUUGCAGAAGUCCCAAGUGGCUAUAGUUUGUUUUGUUUGACUGAUUAUCUUAAGAUCACCAUCUAUUUUCUCCCAUUAAGUUUAUUGUUUUUAUCACAUUUAUUCUAUAAGUCUAAACAUUCAGUUUAUCGUGUUAAUGACACCAUAUUCAUAUGAAAAUGUAAGUCAGUAUCUCAAAACCUGUGGAUUUCAAAGCAAUUCCCAGCGAAUAAGUAAUAAUUUCUCUUGUUCCAUAAACCUGUUCAAUAUUUUUUCCUAGAACCUUGCAGGCUAGCUCACCAUUGACAUAAGCAGUGGAGAGUAGUAACUUUUAUAAUCUCAGAAAUCCUGUCAGGUUAGCUCAGAAUAGCUAAUUAUUAAGUUACAGACAAUACCAAAAAUCCUGUCAGAAAUCCUAUUUAUAUUUGUUUUUUUUGUUUUUUUGCAAGCUGGUUAAUGUUAGCAGUGGAAAUUAUCAACAAUAAUGGCUAUGACCUAAAAAUCCUUUCAGAUUUCCUGUCAGUUAACUCAGUUAAAAAAAAAAAAAAAAAGAUGAUCUGAAUCUCUGCUCUAAAUUUGGUUAGAGUUAGUCAUGAAGCUUAUGAACACACAAAUAGCCCAUGUUAGCUAUGUAGCUAGUUGGCGUUAGCAAUAUAAAUUGUGUUAAUGUUUAUGAACUAUAGGUUAGUUGUUUGGAAAUAGCAUUGAAGAUGAUAAACAUUUUUAAAUCUGAUUUGAACAUCCUGCCAGAAAUCCUGUCAGAUUAGCCCAUGCUAGAUAUCGGGCUAGAUUUAGCAGAUAAUAUUUAUAAAUACUAUUUAAAAAGUCCUGUCAGAUUAGCUCAUGCUAGCUAGCGGGCUAGAUGUAGCAGUUAAUAUUUAAAAAAAAAUUAAAAAUCCUGUCAGAUUAGGUCAUGCUUGCUAAAUGACUACAUUUACACUUUAGCAUUACAUUUUAUACAUAUUAUGAAUUUGAUUUAAAAAUCCUGUCAGAAAUCACGAAUAGAUGUCUGAUUAGCACAUAUUAGCAAGGUGGUUGGAAGUAGCAAUGAAAAUGAUAAACAUUUCUAAAUCUUGAUAUAAAAAUCCUGUCAGAUUAGAUCAUGCUAGCUAGUUAACUAGCUCAUCUUAUAUCAAAAGAUAGCUAGUAAUCCAUGGCCUCUUGGGACUUCUGUUUUUUUUUCCUCCUCUAUUCUCGUCUUAUUUACACAGUUUGGCGUUGGGUUCUGGUCAGACUUUUUUGGAUUCUCUUUUUAUUUGGUGUUAUUCAUUUUCUCACUGAUGUGGAUCUGAACGAUUGCACAGCUUCGCUUUCUGUCGGGUGAGUGAAAUUCAAGCAAAUAACUAAUUAAAAUAAUUUAAGCGAGAAUACCCCUUUUUCAGCUCCAGCACAGUAAUGAUUGCAUUUAGAGGAGAGAAAAGGUUACAUUAAAAAGGCUUCAAGGAGGAUUUAAUAGGGUCACAGAUGCAUGUAUCUGAAAUUGACCGUAUAUGUUGACGAUUACAGUGUCAUGUCUGUUUUCUUUAUUUUUUUAUCAUCCACAGUAUGAAUAAGCUCUCUCUCUAUCUAUAUCUAUAUAAAUCUAUAUCUAUAUAGAUAUAUGGUUAUCUAUAUAAAAAAAGAUAAAAGCUUAAUUGAGUUGAGAAUUGUUUAUUGAUUUAUGUAUGAUAUAGAUAAAAAAAAAGUCUGGUCUACGCUUUGGGAUUAUGUUUACUGUCUGUCUGGGUUUUGUUACUUUUAAGGCGUUAAGUACAGAAAUAGUUAUAAAAAAGGUAAAAAAAAAAAAUCAAAUCAAAUGCGUUUAAAAGAAGAAGAAAAAAAAAACGCUAUAGUAUUGCACAGUAUCUGUUUAUAGCCCAGCUUCAGGUGUGAGUUUAAACUCAGGUAAUUUGCACUCUAAUGUGUGUCCAUUCACAAGUCGAACUCCUACCACCUUCUUCAGCAACAAACACACAUACACACAUUAAUACACACAUGAACACACCCACCCACACAGACACAGUUCAACGUAAAUCAGCUUUUGUGUUGAUAAAUGUUACCCAUGGCUCUUUUGAGUGUAUGUUAAAAGCUGUCGAUCCACUGAAGACGAAUCAUUCGUGUUGAGUGACAGUGUGAUUUAUAAGCAACGUGCGUGCAUUGAUUUAGAAGGUUGUGAGUGCACCAUGGUUGUGUGAUCUCCGUCAGACAGAUGUUGUUUUAUGAGUUACGUAUGAGUUAAAAGCACAAACGUUAGCUUGCUUGGUUAUUCCUACUUUAGAAAUCUGUCAUGUCUGAUACAAGUCAUAUGUUUGAAUAAUUACAUUUGAUUGGCAUCACAUUAAUUCUAAACAAAUUAUCAAAGACAACUAUAUAGACAACCUACAAAGUUACUGCAUACUCUUAUUUAUUUAUUUGAAAUAAUUGCAUUAUCUAUAUCAGCUGCCACAAUUCACUGAUGCAACCAGGACUUGUAAAGCUACGACUCAUAGGAUACUAGUUUCCUACUUGCAGUUGUGGCAAUGGUUAUAGUUUCAUAUCAUAAUUAUGAGAUGAGACUAUAAUUAAGAUAUUUUUUGACAGACCCGAGAUACCUGCUUAUUCUGAUUGGGGUACUGUAUUUUUUCUGGGAGAUCCAAGAGAACCAAGUUUUUCCAGAGAUUUUAAUGACCGAGCAGGAGAUGGUCUGCAAAUUAGAGAGUACAAAAUUUUUCUCACAAUAAUCAAGCAUUUUUUUUAAUCCAUCUCUCAUGGAUAAAACAAACCAUGCAAUGAUGUAAAAACUGUAGAGAGAAUUUAGUCACUUUGUCCAGGAAAUAUCUAUUUGCAAAAAAAACCCAAAAAAACCCCUGUCCUUAAUAACAAGGCACGUCGAUCAGUGUUUAUCUGAAUCGAGACAGAGCUCAGCAGUUAAAGAAGAGAUCUUCGUGAGAUCUUACAUGGCGUUGGUGUUUGAACUCACAACCAUAUGAUUGCUAACACAAUGCUGUGAGCGAUGCAUGGGUCCAGUCACUUUCACCUUCAUCUUCCACUCUGUAGCUCUUAAUAUUUAUAAUGCAAGUGUGUAUGGCUGACACUUUUUCCAGCAACCCUGGAAAUGUAAUACGUAGAUAUUUACCAUGUUUAAAAUGAUAUCAUCACAACAAUUUAUUAAGAAAUAAAUUUGCUAUUUUUAACUAUUUACUAAGAUUAUGAACAUCUCCAGAUUACGAAUUUGUCUUCAAGGAUAUUCAAUGCGAUUUAACACAAAUUCAAAAGACUUAUAUUAUAUUAUAUUAUAGUAUAUUAUAGUAUAUUAUAUUAUAUAUACAAUAUGCAAAUAUAGAUCCCACUGACACCAUCAUCAUUCCAUACACAUGUGCUGUGACCGGCUUAGUGAAUUUUUUUAGCUGAACAUUAUAUACUUUAUUUCCUUUAUCCUGCUCCUCAUUAUCACACAUCAGUAGGUUGCUGAAGGAAUGGAACUGCUAUUUCAGUGUCUAAAAUCUGUGCAAUAAUAACAAUAAUAUAAUAAUAAUCAUAAAAUGUUAUCUUUUGCUGUUUGCUAGGAAAAGGAAUUGCUUUAAAGCCUCACAUUUUAUGAGUAGGAAUAUUUCCGCUCUUAUCUGCAGUAUUUUGUGAUCGCUCGAAACAGAGAACAUUCGUGGCAUCGUUUCUGUAUGGAGUUCAGAGAUUUGACAUGUUUACCUAACUGACAUUAAACAUAAACAUGUCAUGAACAUGUUCUAUUGAAGGAACCACACUUCACGGUCUUUGUACGUCAGAGGUGCUCAAGUCUAGUUCAAGAGAUCAGCUACUUCCAACACACCUGGCUCUAACAUUCGGAUCAUUCCUCAAGAGGAACUGAACACUCCAGAGUUUAGAUCAACAGAACCUGGUUUGAGCGCUCCUGCUGUACGUGAACAUGAGAUACACAUUGCUUUAUACCACCCUAUUAUCUCAUCUCUGAUGUUUCCCAUAACUUUAGCACUAGGAGCUUGCAGUGCUUUGGCUCAGUUACUGUGGGUGUGUCUGCAUCUUUGAUAUCUCAGCUCAUCUGUUCAUAUACAUUUAUAGUUCUGGUUUGAACAUUAAAGAUGUAAUGAAGGAAGCAACUUCCAAAUGGAAAUUGAAGCGCAAUUGCAAGAAGAAAAAUAUCUGCAUUUGAAAACUCUGAACACGGUCCAAUCCUUUGUUGAAGCCUCCAAACAAAUCAGUGUCGAUAUGGUUCAAGUCUUUGUCGUAGCCAUGCAGUAUCAUAUAGCGCCAGCUGCUGAGCUUGUUGCGUAAUGUUUCUGCACAUAUCUGAGUUUCGCAUUUGCUCUGUUGUCCCAUUUGGCGAAACAGAAAAAAACAUGAGUUUUCAUUUCUUUUGUUUUCCUGUAAAAUAGAGAUCUUGUGUCUUAUUUAAAUAAAGUUAUGAUAUAAGAAAUGA